CUUAGAUCUUCAGUCCCCUGACGCUAACGUCACACACGUUGCCGGCAAGGAACACCUCAAUGGCAUCAAAGUUUCAAGGAUGGGGACGCUAUGAAAGCGUCUUUCUUCGAACCGAGUAAGCCUGUCGUAACUGGCGACGGAUGCAAUCUCUUCGUGAUGGAUGGGGGCAGGGUACUGUGUUGGAUUACGCUCGACUCGCCCUGUAGCAGCGGGCUCACAGUGACAUCAAUAGCGAGAUUUAAUGGUAUAUUCGCCGGUGCUAUCGACCUCCAUGACAACGGGUCCACUCUGAGCCUAUACGUGGGCAUGUACUCGGGGGAGAUAUUAAGGAUGGAGUUGAAUAGAAGCGCUUUGCACGUCUGUAAACAGUCUCUUGACUAUGGUCAGUCGAAUGCAACCGUGUCCCAGUCCGCUCCUCCUUCGAGCGCACCGAGCAGUUCGCCGUUCGAAUCUUUGGCGACCUCGCCAUCGAGCUCGUCGGCGAAGUUGAGCCCAACUGCAUCCGACCCGGCUCGUCCUUCAAGCGCGCCAAGCAGCGUGCCUUCCGUAUCAAUGACACCCUUGCCAACGAGCUCUGCAGCGACCUCCGAGAAGCAGGCACCAGAUAGUACGCGUCGAGACACCAGCUCAAAGUCGAACAGUGCUGUCAUCGCUAUCGUCGUUCCCAUUACAACCUCUGUCGCGAUCCUGCCCGCGGUCGGUGCACUUGUGUUAUUUCGGCGAUCUCGAAGGCGGCGGCAAGAUGUCCCAGCACCGUCGUCGUCAGCGGCGAAGCACUCCCUCCUCUCUGGAACAACCAUCCGUGAUGCUUCUCCUCACCGUGGCGCACUUCAGCCUGCCUCCCUUCAAGAAUUUUCCUUGGAGCCACUGGCCCACUGCACAAACAACUUCGACCAACGCUACCGAGUCGGUGAGAAGGGAGCGUUCGGGGAGGUGUUUUGGGGAUCGAUCGCAGACAGGCAGGUUGCCAUCAAGGUGAUGAUCGGAGAGCUCACGCCGGAGAAGCGGCAGCAAUUCGUGGCAGAGUCGCACGCUCGGUUGCAUAACAGGGGCGGAAUACCGGGGAAGAAUCCGCUUCCGCCGCUGACGCUGGGAGAGCGCGUUUCUAUCGCGUAUCAGAUGGGGAGCGGGUUGAGCUACCUUCAUCAUGGCGCUAAUCCUCCGGUCAUUCAUCGGGAUAUCAAAAGUCGGAACGUCCUCCUGACUGACGGAUCCGGGGAGAAUCUCCACGCCGUCCUUGCGGAUUUCGGAUUGGCUGCUAUUGGGCAGAACAUCUUCAAGACGACGCGGAAGAGCUUCGUGGAGACAUCGCACAUCGCCGGCACGCACGGUUACAUCGCACCGGAGUACUUCCUAUCGGGUAGAUUGACGGUGAAGAACGACGUGUACGCGUUCGGGGUGAUCGCUCUAGAGUUGCUGAGCGGAAGGAGGGCGGCGACACCGCAAGAUCCCUCCUCAGGCGGCGGGUGGUUGACGAUCGUUGGUUGGGCCAAUGACCUUGCACAGCGUGCGGACUGCGAUCUCCCAUGGGCAAUUUUGGAUGAUAAUAUGCGGGGUGAGGUGGAGAGUAGCUCGAAGAGCAAAUAUCAAGCGCAAGAGCUAACCUUCAUCGAGGCCGAUAGGGUGACCAACACUCUCGUUCUCAAAAUGAAGUGUGGACAGACGUAUCGCGUACCUCUCAUAGGUACCACGACGACACCACGCCCUGAUCCUCCUCCCCCAGAGCCUUCAGUGCCCACACCAUCUCCCUCUAUCACUGUCACCUCACCUCGGCAGUUCGCUCACUUCAUUCGACAGGAUGACGUCACCUUCUUUAUGGUGGACGUGACGAAUCUCUUACACUAUGAUCCACCCUGUCCCGACGCCGAGCUCAUCCCUCUGUGCCCAGAUCCCCCCUCUAUCUCCAUGGCUCCCAUCUCUACUUCCGUCCCUCCGCCGUCCGUGGAGUCCACCCCGCCGUCGCGCGCUGACGCUGACGUUGAGGAACUCGCACGAUAUAUGGUUGACUUGGAGCCUGUAGUUCGUGACCUCAUCCGAGAGUACCACGACGUUUUCCCAUCGUCGUUCUCGUACGCCGGCAUCCCACCGAUGCGUGACGUCGAGCACUCCAUUCAGCUCGUGCCUGACUAUUGUGUUCACCACCAUGCACCCUACAGACUCUCGAUCCCCGAGGACACCGAACUCAAGCGUCAGCUUGAGGAGUUCCUGAGACUGGGUUUCAUUAAACCCAGCAACUCCCCGUGGGGUGCACCCGUCCUCUUUGCUCGCAAAGCGGAUGGAACUCUUCGUCUCUGCAUCGACUACCGCGACCUUAACCGCUACACGGUUAAGAACAUCUACCCCAUGCCUUGUUCCGAUGAGCUGUUCGACCGCCUAGCAGGCAACCGGUUCUUUACGAAGAUUGAUCUUCGUAUCGGUUACCAUCAGAUCCGCGUUGCUGCAACCGACCAGCCGAAGACCGCGUUCCGCUCGCGAUUCGGCCACUACGAGUUCACGGUGAUGCCAUUCGGCCUCACCAACGCACCUGCUAUCUUCCAGAGGGCGAUGAACGACAUCUUCAGGGACAUCCUGGAGCAGUACGUUCUCGUUUACCUCGACGAUAUCCUGGUCUAUAGUCGUCCCCUUGAGGAGCACCUCAGACACCUUCGCGACGUCCUUGACCGCUUGCGCAGACAUGACUUCUACGCCAAGCUUAGCAAGUGCCGCUUUGCCCAGCACAAAGUGGAUUUCUUAGGACACUACGUGUCUGACCAGAGUCUCCACAUGGACGACGCGAAGAUCACUGCUAUUGCGGAGUGGCCCGCUCCCACAUCCGCCAAGCAGCUUCGCAGCUUCCUAGGCCUGACCAGCUACUAUAGUAACUUCAUCCUGGGAUACGCUAGGUAUUCCUACGUCCUUACCUCCUCCCUCCUCCGGAAGAACCCACCCUGGGCUUGGACACCCCUCCACGAGGACGCCUUCCGCGCCCUCAAGAACGCGGUGACAUGCGCACUGGUUCUUCACCUACCCGAUUUUGACCGCCCUUUUAUCCUUACCACCGACGCGUCAGACUUCGUUGUAGGAGCAGUGCUUUCUCAGGCCUUCCCUUCAUCUCCUGAUUCCUCUCAUCCUCGUAUCCCUCGCUUCCCACCACCUACCCCUACCACUGGUUCCCGACUGACGCCUACUCGUCCAGCUACUGACGAACCUUCUAUUGACUAUUCUCCUACCAUCACCGAGGACGGCACUGUCGAGUCUCGCUGAGGUGAUUGUCCGAUAACCUUCUACUCCCGUCAGCUCCUGCCCGCCGACAUAAACUACACUACUUAUGAACGUGAGGUUCUCGCAGUAGUUUAUGCCGCUCGGCAUUGGCGUCACUGCCUGCACGGGGCACCAUUCACGGUGCGCACGGACAACUCUGUUGUCCAGGCUUUUCUGACAAAGCCGAAGCUCACUCCUCGACAGGCUCGCUGGUGGCGCGACCUAUCCGAGUUUAGUUUCACCACUGAGCACAUCAAGGGUGAGACUAACCGGGUCGCAGAUGCCCUAUCCCGGCGCCCUGACCACGA